GGAAAACCCCGCAGCCGGCAUGUAGACCUCGCUGAACUUCGUUGAUAAGUGAAGCGAGAAUAUGCGUCGAGUUGGGAAAACAUAUGUUUUUGGUUUCUAAGUAGUGACUAAAUCCCCCAAGGGACACCAUUUCUUGUUAUCUUGCGUGGAAAGUCAUAAGGUUGUGUUCAGAAUAGAAGUUUUCAUACUAGCAGCCUUUCAAGUGUUUCCGAAUUACGUGCCAUACGUAACCUUACCACAGAGAUGUCUGAGAACCCCCGCCCCCAGUUUGGCAACCGCUUCCUUACAGAUGCAAAGAAUGUGUUUGAGCAUAACGCCUGGGACAAUGUCGUCUGGGAUGAUGAGCAAGAGGACGAAGCCAGAAGAAAAGUUGCUGAAAAUUCAGCGCAGCUGGUGGAAGAUGAAAGGAGAGUCAAGUACAACUCAGAGGCCAAUGAAUACUGGAAUGGUUUCUAUGGCAUUCACCAAAACAGAUUUUUUAAGGAUCGUCAUUGGUUGUUCACAGAGUUUCCAGAACUGGCACCCAAGGAGUGGCCAAGUGGAAUGCCAGUGAAGGCAGAUACUACAAAUCCCACACCAGAUGUCAGCACUGUCAGCACACCUAGGCAGAAAUCCAAGAGGGAUCUCCUAUCCCAUGAUGUUGAGGCCUCUGUUGAUGACAAUUUAGAAGGUGGAAGCAAAUCAAGCAGAACCUCCACUGUUGAGCAUCCAGAGGAGAAAUCUCAAAUGUCUGACCUUCACCUUGACCCAAAUUCUGAAAAUGUGAUAUCAACUGUUGAUCAUGCAAAGGAAAGUAAUUCUGUUCGUGCAGGUGAUGAUAUAAGUAAUUCAACAAGAGGUGCUUCUGAAAACUUUCUCAAAAGUCCUUGUCAGACUAGCGAUAUUUUCCUAGAUUAUCCUGGAAAUGGUGCUAAGAAACGAUUUCUGGAAAUAGGGUGUGGGGUUGGUAACACAGUGUUCCCUGUACUUCAGGCAAAUAAUGAUCCCGAGUUGUUCAUGUAUUGCUGUGACUUCUCCAGCACUGCUAUUGACAUUGUGAAAGAGCAUCGUGAUUAUGACACAUCAAGAUGUUACGCUUUCACCUAUGAUCUCACAGACGAUUCUUCCCCACUCCCAUUCCCAGAAAACAGUCUCGACAUAAUUAUAAUGAUAUUUGUUUUGUCGGCCAUACACCCCAAUAAAAUGAAGGGGGCCAUUCAGCGUCUGGUGUCCCACCUUAAACCAGGUGGAAUGAUAUUGUUCAGGGAUUAUGGCAGAUACGAUCUGGCACAACUACGUUUCAAGAAGGGUCAGUGUCUUGGGGAAAACUUUUAUGUCAGGGGUGAUGGAACACUGGUUUAUUUCUUUACUCAGGACGACUUGCGGAAAUUGUUCACCGAGGCUGGUUUAGAAGAGGUACAGAAUGUGAUAGACAGGAGAUUGCAGGUCAAUAGGGGGCGCCAAAUCAAGAUGUACCGAGUCUGGGUUCAGUGUAAAUACAAGAAACCAGAAAUUUAAAAUGGGAGAUUUCAUGGCCAUAUUUAAUUCUGGUCCAGUUGUUUUAAGAUCUUAAUUUUCUUAGUUAAAUAAUGGCCUGAUAUAUGAAAUUUUGUUUUUUAUUGAAUGUAACUUUUUUUGUGAAUUUGAACAAAAUGGCUCUGCAGGAGAAAUACCAGUUCUAACAUACUGCAGGUACAAUCAGAGGAAGUGUCCUUUCAGUUUUUAAUUAUAGGAUUAUGACAGAAGUUUUU